UUCUGUCUGGGAUUUGGAUUAUCGGGGGGUUUUGAAAGCAGUGUCGGGGGCGGGGUAGGGUACAGGAGGGUUUAGGAUGGGGUUAAACCCGGUCUCUGGAGGUGCAUCGCUAGAGCCUGGACUCGGCCAACUUCACUCAGUCUGAUGUGUGAUUCAGUGAUUGCCGUGGUCCGGCGCCAUGGUAGACGUACCCAGUCUGUUCAGUCCCUUGUCUCCAGUGGGGGAGUCAGUGUUGGACAGCCCGCUGUGUGGGGAGCUGAUCAUGAACAUGGAGGAGCUCGAGGACAUCACCUGCUCCCUCAGCGAGGACCCGUUCAAUCUGCUCUACAUGCCUGACUGGCAGAGCUCCAGCACCAGCUCUGAAAGCUCUACUGUUCAAGAAGUCCCGAGUCCAGCCUCUAGCCCUUCCUCUACAGUGUACGGAGUGGUCACAGGCGCGGAUGAAGUCAUCUCCAGCCCGCUGAAUCUUGAGUGUCGCGUGUGUGCCGAUCGUGCCUCUGGCUUUCACUAUGGAGUGCAUGCCUGUGAGGGAUGCAAGGGUUUCUUCAGGAGAACCAUACGCCUCAAGCUGGAGUAUGACAAGUGUGAGCGCAACUGUAAAAUACAGAAGAAAAACCGGAACAAGUGUCAGUACUGCCGCUUCCACAAGUGCCUUACUGUGGGCAUGUCCCAUAAUGCUAUCCGUUUCGGUCGGAUGCCCCGCUCAGAGAAGAUGAAGCUGAGAGCAAAGCUGCAGACCGGGGAGAUAGAGGAUGGAGAGACGCAGUUGGCUGAUCUGAAGAGUCUGGCCAGGCAGAUCCACGAAGCCUACCUCAAAAACUUCCAAAUGAGCAAGGCCAAAGCACGAGUCUUCCUCGCUGGGAAGACCAGCACAUCACCUUUUGUCAUCCAUGACCUGGAAACCCUGCAGCAGGCGCAGUCCAUCCUAGCUGCCCAGAUGCUGGUUGAUGAGAAGGAUGAGUUGGUGAGUGGUGUGCAGGAACGACUGACAGAGUCCCACCUCUUUCGCUGCUGCCAGUACACCUCAGUGGAAACGGUCACCCAGCUGACUGAAUUCGCCAAAGCUGUGCCGGGCUUCGCGAGUCUGGACAUAAACGACCAGGUGACUCUGCUAAAGUAUGGUGUGCAUGAGGCCUUUUUCACGCUGCUGUCCUCCUACAUGAACAAGGAUGGGCUGCUGGUGGCCAGCGGUGGCGGCUUCAUCACCCGCGAAUUCUUAAAGAGCCUCCGACGACCCUUCAGCGACAUGCUGGAGCCCAAGUUCCAGUUCGCCAUACGCUUCAACGCUCUGGAGCUGGAUGACAGUGAUCUGGCGCUAUUUGUGGCCACAAUCAUCUGCUGUGGAGACCGACCAGGACUGGCAAACGUGUCAGACAUUGAAUGCAUUCAAGAAAGUAUCGUCAAUGCUCUACGACUCCAUCUGCAGGCCAACCACCCUGACAACACCAUGCUCUUCCCCAAACUCCUGCAGAAACUGGCUGACCUUCGGGAGCUGGUAACAGAGCACGCUCAGCUGGUGGAGGACAUUAAGAACACACAGGACAGUUUUCUCCACCCACUACUGCAGGAAAUCUACAAGGAUAUGUACUGAGGACUGAACCUUUGGGUGGUAAGACUGGAUUUCAGGCUGCCUUUGAUAAACUCUGGUGGUCUGGUGGAAGUUGGAUUCGCGCUGAUCACAGUUCCGAAACAGUAAACUAUCAUGGAUUUUGCAAGAGUUUAAGAUUUUAAUGGCUGUCCAUUAAUCCGCCUAACCUAUAGACUGCAGUACAAGCCUUCAUUCAGAGAUGUACAACACACACGAAAACACUGCUGCAAGCAGGUCCUUCAAUCAACAGUUUCUCUGACAUCACUGCCAAUCAAACUUCUUGCCAUGAAUUUUUUGAAGUGAAGUUGUUUUAUACCUUCUGAAAGCAGUGUGUAAGCUAUUUUCAAAAUGCAUCUGUAGUAAUAAUGUGAAUAGAAUAAAUGCUGGAUUAACAUGUAUAGUAGUUUUAGUUGUAAGAAUGUGAAUAUAAACAGUUUAUGCACUCCACCUUUAUUAAUCAAAAGAUGUUAUUUAUUUUUGAAAAUAUGAAACCAGUGCCAUUAGAAGAAGCUAAUUAAUAUAUGACUGAAUGUUAAUGUGUGUGUGUGUGUGUGUGUGUGUGUCUCAUUUGGUAAAGAAUGUGCCUUUUUCUUGGUUUCCUUUUAUUUUGUGCUUUUCAUAGUAUGUCUUCUAAAACAGGGCUGUGUGAAAGAUAGACACCACCUUUCUUUUAUUACAUUUAAAUUAUCAAAACAAUUUAAGUACAAUAUGUAAUUUUACACUGACAUGCCAAAUAUCAUAGGGCAUUGAAAUAGUAUCAAAUCCAGUGAUUUUGUUGUGAUCCAUGGAAGAACGAUGUCAAAUUAUCAUGUACGUGUUUUUCUCAGAUGUCCUCUGAAAAAAAAUCAGGCUGAAUUACCUACUGUUUUUCGCUGAACUCCUUGGUCCUCCGGUAAUUUUAGACCCGUUUGGACGCACAUCUCUGAGAUUCGUCUCCUCAUGUUUAAUAAAAUAGCUAUUUGUCCACUGAUUUCAAUGAAGAUCCACGUAAACACAACGGCAGGUGGAAAUGGAGAAGCUACUGAACACAAUGUCACAUGACUAAGAAAGCCCAAAAACUCAGUGGUCCUCCUGUUUUUUUAAUUGCAGUCCGGAUGCUAGAGUUUUAUCACUGUUCAUCCUCACUCACAAGACAACAUUUCACAACUUAUACAAGUGUAGCCAUUCCCAAGCUGUCCCCUGGGUUAACAUGUCUUUACCAAUAUGCAUACUGCUAUCCCAUGGCUUUUGUCAUGUCAGAGUAACAGAAAUUGUUAAAAAUGUGUUAGACGUCUCCACAGUCACAUUUUACAGUGGAAAAAAUGAUGGACAAACACAUUCACAAAUUAAAUAAAUGAUUUUAGCUUCUCAGAACGUAUCCAUCCAUCUUUAUAUGCAAGGUAGAAAUAAGCUUUGUAUAGGAUCAAACCAACAGGGCCAAACAAGCCAGUGUGAUGUGAUGUAACUGAAUAGCAAAUAAAUGAGGGGUGGUCUCUACAUUUUGUUUAGAACUGUAUAAUGUAUAUUGCAUCCUAAUUACAAUAGCGUUUUUCAGCCGCAUUAUGUAAUUCUAUGCAGAAAACAAAGUAUGUAAAUGGGGGAUAUUAUGCUCAUUUCAGGGAAUAUUGUAUUGUCUUAGAUUCUCAGGGAAAAUCAGAGUUUAGCUAUGAACUUUAAAAUAUGAUUACCCACCUCAGCACUAGACUACAGCAGGUACGCUACAAGACUGGCACUUAUUUCAGUAGAAAUAGCUGUAAUGCUUUUCUCAGUGGAAAAAGAAUGAGAAAUGUUCUUUUUGUGUGUAAAGGGACCUUGGUUAAACUAAUGGAUCUAGUUUAACAGAAUAUUUACGUCAUGAUUGUGAUCAGCUGUUAAAUAUGGCAGUUGAUGUACAGUAGUUUGGCUUUGAGCUCUGAAAAUAAUUAUAAAUGUAUAGUGUCCAGUCAUUUUCAUUAAUACAAAUAAAUUAUAUAUUUGUGUAUUAUA